GUGCAUAGCUAAGAACGUGGCGCACAUUACAUGACAGUACACGGUAAUGUCCAUUUGCGAUGUCCGAAAAAGAAAGCGUUAUCGGCGUCUUUCUUUUCCGCACGUCCGGUGUGUUGCCCGUCCACCUGAUGAGUAGAUGAUUUGGCCAAACGAGAAUGCCCGCCCUCAUUGAAGUGUGGGCAUACCGAAUUCGCUGGCGGCAUCGAUCUAUAUUCCAUUCCUAUCGGACCGAUAAGAAUUUACCACCACCAUCACCACCACCACCACCACCACUUACAAUGAAUCGUCCAGGUGCGUAUGCCGGCGGACGUGACCUGCAUAUGUAUCAUAUAGCGACAGUCAAACUGGGCAAUCCGCCUUGUGAUCGCCGGGAGCGAAAGAGGCGGCGAAGGACGGCAUUUGCCAACCCUUAUGAUCUUUUGUUUCAUCUUCCACUGAAUGGUGCAAGCGUGCAGAAUAUGGGAAGUGGAGGUAGCGAAGUGGGGCGACGACAACCGCCUUAACUCGUCUUUUUGCCUCUUGCCGAGCUAUUAUACUCUUACCAGAAAUGUGAUCCUUUACACAAGACGAUGAAGCUCAUUUUUCUCACCUGGGCAGGUUUUCAUCGCUCUGGGCGCGAAGAGGCGGCAGCCAUUAUACCACCGCUCGUGACUGCAGGAAGGGCUCAUCGAUUUGGAUGGUCGGGAAGAAUGUCUGGAAAUGGACAAGUCGCCGCCAUUGUUCUUCUUCUCCGGCAUCCAAUGCCCACUGUCCUCAGACUCUUAGACGGUCGUUCAUUCAAUUGAUUCAUUACCCAUCAUAAACGGGCUAGAUAUCUGUCCUCGGCAACUCUUUGAGCUCCGGUUUCCUUCACUUCAUUUUCCACCUGUACUGCAGACUAACACAGGAGAUUCACCAUCUGGUCUCCCCAGUGUUCGUUCCCUUCUCCAUAAUACACACGCACAUCUGACUUGUGCGAGAGACU